UAUAAUACGUUCUAUACAAAUAUUUCGUUUGACAUUUUGGGUACCUUAAUUUACCCAAUUCUUCGCCAUUGUGACGAGUUGUUAUCACUUUGCCAUAUCGGAUUUCCUUUAGGAAACAGUCUUACAGAAAAUAAGAAUGUUGGGCAGGUCUUUCUUUGCCAGCAUGGACAAUGAUCCAUUUUUUGAAGGUCACCAAGAACACAUGAGAAACAUGGACAGAAUGUUUCAAGAUCCUUUUGGUAUGUUUGGAGGUCAUCCUAUGUUGCAGGGAGGUCAUCCUAUGUUGCAGGGACCAGCGAGGGAUAAUCAGCAAAGAAUCUCUCAACGAAGUAACAACCUGGCAAUGUCUCCUUUUGUGCCGUUUGGUGGCAUGUUUGGCAACAUGUUCAUGAACAUGAACAGUAUGAUGACCAAUAUGGAUAGGACAUUUGAGAAUGCCAGAAAUGACCCAAAUGCCCAUGUGUAUUCCCAGUCCUCCGUAUAUUCAUACACAAACACCGGAGGAGAGGGAAGCAGACCAAGGGUGUACCAGGCCACUUCCUCUGUCCGACAAGCGCCAGGAGGGGUUAAGGAGUCCAGAAAAUCUGUGAGAGAUUCUGAAAAGGGUGAAAAAAUGGCUAUUGGUCACCACAUUAACGAUCGGGCUCACAUUAUCCAAAAGACCAGAAGAAGGGAUGGUGACAUUGAGGAGGAUGAGGAGAUCAUAAACAUGGAUGAAAAUGAAAAGGAGCGUUUUGACAGAGAAUUUCAAGAGAAAACAAGGGAAUCAAUGAGAGGACUGGAGUACAGACGAAGAGGUGAAAGGUCAGAUAGAAGAGCGCUUCCUGAUCCCACCGAGAGACGCGGCUACAGAGAUCGUGAGAGGAGGGAGAAGAACUAAAUCUUGGUACAAAAGUUUUGUCUGAAAGGUAUUGAUGUGUGAGAGAUGAAUGCUACAGAAUACCUGGUGAUACAAUUAUUAUUUAUACAUUAACAUGAAGAGAUCUGUUUGGAAGAUGCAGGAGUUUCAGCAUUGUGUUGUGCCAAGCAACAGUUGUGUAACUUUAGUUGUGUCUCAUUGAUUUACUCAAACUUUACUAUAACAAUGAAUACGUAAAGCAAAUUAAUACGUGUACAAUCUAGGGUGGAGGAAUAGAGGAUAUUCUGACAGAUUCGUCUUCGUGUCGUGUGCAGAUCGAAAUCCGUCCGUUAUUUCCUUCUGUUGCAUUCAUCUUUACACAAGAGGAACAACUUGAAUCUGGAUUUUUUCACUGUAGCAGUACUUUGCUUUAUUUAUUUAUGACCACUGUGUAUUAUUUUAGUUUGAGAACUUUUUAAGGUUUUCUUGUAAAUGAGUUAAUAUUUGUAUGCAUCACAUAAUCCCAUAACAUUUAUUACUUUGAUGUUAAUACCAAUGAUAAGUUUGUAUUUAGAGUGUCACUGAAUAUGUGUACAUGUGCCGUUUUGUGUCUAUAUUUACAGUCACUUUUGCCAUGAUUUUUUUGGUUGUUGUAUAUAGUCAUGUUCACUGUAACAAUCUUUCAAGCAAAAUCCCUCCCAAGAGUAUUUUUAGAAUGUAAAAUAGAAAGAGUAUUUCUGUAUUUUGAAUGGAAAACUGCUAAAUAUUAGAAACCUGAGGAAAAGUGCAGGCCCAGCCGGAAUUCACGUAUAUGUGUUCUUAUUACCAUAUAAGCAGAAUUUUUAGCGAGGAUUUAAUUUUUGCAUUAUUAGCAACAGUGUUGCGAUCGCUAGCAUUGAAUAUCGCCAAUAUUUAUUCAAUAUCAGAGGUAAUAACUAUCUUUCUUAGAAUGAUAAAGUCACUAAAAUUAGCUCCCGCUAAAUAUAUAUACUCGUGAUUUAUGAACAUAUCACUAAAAAUUCCACUUAUGCGGUAAUAUAUUUUGAUUCCAAUAUACAUGUAGUUAGUUUUCUGUUUGGUAGGAUUUUUUGCUUACAGCAGAGAUGUUGAAUAACUGGCUUUCAUAGUGCUGUAGCUUCAUACAAGUGUUUAACAUUCCUGCAUGUGAACAUUCCUUCAAAUUUUGAACACUGGGAACUUUGAACUGAUGACUUAGCUUGCUACAACAAGCUCAAACACAUUUUUACAUUUAUCUCCUGUCUGCUACAAUUAGCUCAUGAUUUAUUUGUCUCCUAGAUAUAUAUGUAUUUGAAACGAGAUUUUAAAAGCUCAAUAACGAUUGGUAAAACAAGUAUCCUGUGCAUUUUCUUUUUGGUAGAAUGUAGUAUACACUGUAUAGAAAUAAAUCAUUGUUCAGUAGAAAACUCAGUACACCAUUGUUGAUGUUUUCUCCUUGUGUGUGUAUUUUUCCUUGAAUAAAGUUGAACAUGCA